AUGGACCACGACCUGACCCAGCUCCAGUUCCUGCUCCCCAAGCCCCACGGAUCCCGAUCCCGAUCCCGUUUGGACCCAGCGACCCUUCUCGGCGACCCCGGCCACGACCCCACGUCCGACUCCCUCCAGUUCCUCAGGCCUGGAGCGCCACCCCGUGCAGACCCCAGCCGGCUCAGCACUCCCUCAGCUCCCGGACACCGAGUCCCGCACCCUCCCCACCACUGCCGGGCCCCCAGCAGUCCCCAGCGCCCGCGCCCGCAGGCCCCGGGCCCGCUCCCCAACAUGGCGACGGGGACACGAGCGCGGCGGGCGGGCGGGGCGGCUACGGGCCGGGACCGCACAGGGGCCGUGCUCCACGGUCCGCCGGCGCCAUUUUCCCGCGCCGGGCCCGGGCGGCGCCUCCUUCCCGCGGAGCCAGCCGGGCCGGCACCGCGGACGCCCGGCGGGCCCACCCCUUACGGGCCCGCGUCGCCGUCAGCUCACCUGAGCGCGGCCCCAGCCCUCCCGGGCGGGCCUCGGAGCACCGGCCCGGGCCGUGCGUGCCCGCGGCCCUCCGUGUGUCUGUUGGUCCGUCCUCGCGUGCGCCCGUCUAUCCGGCCGUCGGCGCCCGGCCGCCCGCAGCCCGACCCGGCUGGGCCUCAGGGAGCCGGCGGGGAGGGGGAUGGGCCGGACCGGGUCGGGGAGGGAGGGGGAGGGAGGGAGAGAGGGUGGGAGCGCGGGAGAGGGCGGGGUAGGGCGGGGGCGGGGCCUUGGCCACGUGACCAAACGUCCCCGAGAGCGCGGGGCCGAGCGCGCGCCAGCUCGGUUGGGGGCAGAGCUCGAGCGGGGAUAUGA